AGGAGGGCCAAGAUGGCGAAAGCGGCCGAGUCUUCAGGAGACCCGGGGACAGCAUCGCCCAGGCCCCUGUUUGCAGGCCUUUCUGAUAUAUCGAUCUCACAAGACAUCCCUGUGGAAGGAGAAAUCACCAUUCCUAUGAGAUCUCAUAUUCGGGAAUUUGACAGCUCCACAUUAAAUGAAUCUGUUCAGAAUACCAUUAUGCGUGAUCUAAAAGCUGUUGGGAAAAAAUUCAUGCAUGUUUUGUACCCAAGGAAAAGUAAUACUUUGUUGAGAGAUUGGGAUCUGUGGGGCCCUUUGAUCCUUUGUGUGACACUUGCAUUAAUGCUUCAAAGAAGCUCUAUAGAUAGUGAAAAGGAUGGAGGACCCCAGUUUGCAGAAGUGUUUGUCAUUGUCUGGUUUGGUGCAGUUACCAUCACCCUCAACUCAAAACUUCUUGGAGGAAACAUAUCUUUUUUUCAGAGCCUCUGUGUGCUGGGUUACUGUAUACUUCCCUUGACGGUGGCAAUGCUGGUUUGCCGGUUGGUGCUUUUGGCCGAGCCAGGACCUAUAAACUUCAUGGUCCGUUUUUUUGUGGUGAUCGUGAUGUUUGCCUGGUCUAUAGUAGCCUCUACAGCUUUUCUUGCCGAUAGCCAGCCUCCAAACCGCAAAGCCCUGGCCAUUUAUCCUGUUUUCUUGUUCUAUUUUGUCAUCAGUUGGAUGAUUCUCACAUUCACUCCUCAGUAAAUCAGGAAAUGGAAAUUAAAAACCAGUGAAUUGAAAGCUCAUCUGAAAGAUGCAGUUCACCAUGGAGCUUUCCCUCUGGCCCUCUUUUGUGUAAUUUUGGAGGUAUUUGGUAUGUGAGGAUAUUAAAAGGGAGCCAUAAAGCACCAUCACUGCUUAUAAGGAACCGUUGUUUGAAAGGCUGUCCUUUGCCUCUUGAUGUUAUUUCUUUAAAAUAUGUAGUAUAUGCAGUAUAGUGCUGCCUUAAGGCAUGAUAGGGUCACUGUGGUCCAUUCAAGUGACAGCCAAUGAUUUGGGAAACACGUGGAUACAUCCUGCCAGUUGAGUGGAAUUAACUGCUGUAUUUUCAGUUUUGAGAAUACUAGUUCAGGUGCGGCUCUUAAACACAUUGCCUUAUGACUAUUAGAAUAUGCCUCUCUUUUCAUAAAUAGGAAUGGGUAGUCUAUCCAUUUUGUUUUAUUUCUUUCUUAGGCUUAAAAAGGCAAUGACAGAGGUUGGGAAGGGGCUUCAUAAUUGCAGAGGAGAAAACAUGCAUUAACCAGUAUUCAGAAUUUGACCGGAGAAAAUUCUGCACUUGUUGCUUUCUAAAAAAGCGAAGGACAGGUAAAGAAUCAGCUUCUUUAGUUGUUCUGUAUGGUUCCCUUUCCACCAUGCUUAUUAACAGCACCUCAUUGACACUCUAGUUUUUAAUUUUGCUCCCUAGCUCUGAAUAUGCAAGCUGUUACUAGUCAAUAUGUAAUUUUCCUGUCAUUGAAGCUCUUGGUGGACCAGUGCUUGAACUUAUCCAAGUGGGAGACCUCAGAAAUUUAGAUUGGUAGGUCCUUAAUGCAUAUUAUCAUUUGGGCACUUGUUUCUUCUUCAGGGUAGAAUGAGGCAUUUUGGACACAGCAUAGCUCUAAGGAAGUCCUCGUUAUUUUGUGUAGUCUGGGCUUUAACUAGAAAGUAAAGCUAAAUCAGAAGCCUGCAUUUAACCCCAUGCACAUGGAGGGAUUUAGUGUUCUGAUGGCUGGUUCACAGAACAGCUAGAUGCUUAGAGCAUGAAGUUGGAUGCCAUGGUUUACAGCUGCCACUUCUUCAUAGUGGUCUUAACAGUUUUUUCAUUAGAUGUGCUUUUUGGGUUGGGGAAUGGCAAUUUAUUUUCUUGGUUUUAGACUUUAUUUGUAAAGCUGCUUAGCUCUUCUUUAGACAAGUACUUUUUUUUGCACAUGUGCACCUACUUGUAUUCUCAGCUAUUUAUACACACAAGUGUGAAGGCUUUUCAGGGAGCAGAGUGUCUGGAAAGGCUGAUUUGAAGCUAAACAGGGUUCCUUUAGGGUAAUAUGAACUACUGCCAUCUAUAAAUUGCACAUUGAAGAACUCUUAAUAGACAAAAGAUUAGGAGUCAGGCAGAAAACAUUCAUUGUAUAUACAGUUACUUAUAAAGAUAGGAAUUUAUUCCAUGGUUUUUCUUUAUCAUGGAAUCUAAAUAUUUAUUCAUUUUUUAGUCUAAAGACUACACAUGGAUAUAUAAUUUUAAAAACAUAUUUUGUCCAUUCCCAGAUUAACCAAGAACACUACUAGGACAAAUGGGUGUUUGGAGUUAUCACUAAAUAACUGAGCAUUUCAAAGUUGGUCCUCUCAAUCCCAGCCUUCUCCAGAGGUUUUGGUUAUUAUAUAUUUGUAUUCAUUUCAAUCUCUCUGCUAAAUUUUAAAAUAAACCUGGUGAGCACAAAGCCAAUUUUUCAGUCUUGAAUUGGUGAAGACAAUAUUUUGAAACUGGUUUUGAUUUUGAAAUUGGUCCUUAAGUUAUCAUCCAUUUCCAUCGUCUGAAAUUUCCCAACCUUUACUGAAAACUUCUCUUUUCCAAAGUUAUUUCAUAAUCUGUCCCAGUGGUUAUAAUGUAAAAUUAAAGAAAUGAUCAUGUUUCUCAAAAGGGAAUUGCCUACCGAAUUUUACUCAGGCUAAAUAUUUUGGUCAGAAAUUUUUAAGGUUACAACAGGGGUGGCAGUUU